CUCUCAGCAACUUCUGCCCAGCAACAUAGACGGUGUAAAUAAAACCACACACAUAUAUAACUCUCAUUUGUUAUAAUGUUUUCCACAAAACCCAUUUGAAUCUACAUCUCAAUUCUUUGUAUAUAUCACUACUACGUACGUACUAGCUAGUCUAUACAUAUAAAUAUAUAGAUUAUUUGUAAGAUGAGCAAAUUGUAUUUAGAGAUGGAACAUGUUCUCCAAUACUUCGACGAGAACGGUGAUGGAAAAAUAUCACCCUCGGAGCUAAGGAAUCGGCUUGGCGUAGUGGUUGGAGAAGAGCUUCCACUUAAAGAGGCAGAAGAGGCUGUGGAAUCCUUGGAUUUGGAUGGAGAUGGCUUCUUGGGAUUGGAUGAUCUUGUUCAUUUGAUGGAAUCCACUGACGGUGAGGAGGAGAAGUUGGAAGACUUGAGAAGAGCUUUUGGGAUUUAUGAUAUGGAGGGAAUUGGCUUUAUAACACCCAAAAGUUUGAAGAUGAUGCUUAGUAGAUUGGGAGAGUCCAAGUCCAUUGAUGAGUGCAAAGCUAUGAUCAAUUAUUUUGAUUUGAAUGGGGAUGGUGUUCUUAGCUUUGAUGAGUUCAGGAUUAUGAUGCAGUGAGAUUUUGUCAUCAUUUUAUUGUUGUUACAAUUUAUUUUUUAUUUUUUGUAUGUCUGUAUAUUAAUACAAUACUCAUAUUUAUUAUUUUCAUUUUGUUAUGGAGCAACUUAUAGAAUAAGGGAUUGGGAAAAUGCACUUGACUAGCUUUAUCCACAAAAUGAUGGAUAAAGAUUUAGAAAUAUGUAAAGUCAAUAAGGAGGAUGAGAAAAAUGUUCUUGAAGAGCACGUAAAAGAUGAGCAAAGUGUACGUAUGAAGAUCAAAUGAUAGAGCUGCUCUCAAAUGUAGAAAAUUGCAACUAGAAACUAGCAAAAAUGAGAGCUGCUCUUGACAGUAUGAAAUUUGCUAUUAGUUAGCUUAUAAUUGUAAUGUUUGGUGAGAAAUUUAAUAGAUGAUUUAUAUGUAAGAGAAUAAAUAAAUAUGAGAAUUGUAUUAUGAA